AUGUUGCUGUUAUUAGGGUUGCUGUCAAGAUAUAGCAUUAACCGGCGUUAUAGCAUUAUAGUUCAAUACGAGAUCCAAGAGAGCUCUCCUAACCCAGGGCGUUGGACCUCGGGCAUAAUUAUAACAUUUUGUGCUCUUUUUUCCGCAGACUUCGCGUGCGCCCUGGUGUCCGACAUCCUGCUGCAAGGGACUCUGUACAUCACGCCGAACUUCUUCGCCUUCUACUCUAAGAUCUUCGGACACGUGAGCAGGCUACUGAUACCUGUGAGUCAGGUUGCUAGUGUACAGAAAGAACGAACUGCAAAAAUUAUUCCAAAUGCCGUUGGACUCCAUAUGGUGGAUGGGAAGAGCUAUGUGUUUGGGUCUUUGUUAUCACGGGAUUCCACAUACAAGCUUAUGAACCACAUCCUGAAGAAGGCGCAGCAAAUUGGAGACAGUGAUAGUGAGCCGCCAUCUGCUGUGCAGGUGGCUGUUGAUGAUGAUGGGGAAGACUCAGUCUCAGCCAGUGCAGAGAGUCUUAUGGAGGAGGAUCAGGCUGACGGAUUCCUUGCAACUAGCCCAGUUGUUGACCUGGUGGGAGUCACUGCCACUACAACCACUCCUUGGAUCCGAGAUGGCUGCACAGCAACCACCACCUCAAGCAUUACAAGUAGUUCCAACACUACUGCCACUGCUUCCACCAUUAGUACUGCUGGUAUUCCGGGUCAUAAUCUUCCUGGAUCUCCAAACUGUACGACUGUCUUACGCCGUGGGAGCUUAUCGAGUUCAAAAGCAGGAACAGAAGAGCCUGGAGGUGCAGGAGGAGGCUCAGGGGGAGGAGUAGGAGUACUGUUUGAGUGGUUCACCCAAGGAAGCUUAGUCAAGACCUGUUUCAAGGUUGGCAGCAUCCCAGUCAAGCUUAUAGGAGAAGGGGUGAAGGAACUAUGGUCACUACCAAGGACUUCAAUACUCCUCAUCAUAUCUACUUUGCUGCUACUCUUACUCUUUGCAUCAGCAGCAUUCAUGCUUCACAGAGUAGAUGUUUUAAGCCAACAACUUGGCUUAGAGAAAUAUGAUGAAUAUAAUGGUAUGUAUGAAGAGGUGCUACAAAUGCAACAGAGACUACAUGCUGCAGCAUCAAGUGAGAUUGAAAAAACUUUAAGCAUACAAUUAAAGCAUAUAGCUACAGUUCGGCAGUCAUUAGAAGCACUGGUGGUUCUUUUCAACAAGGAACCUCCUGUCAGUACAGCACAGAUACCAGACAAUACGUAACAACAGGUUCAGUGGGGUUGUGGCACCUCAAACUGGAUCCCUGGUUACUGGAGUCAGGUUUCCCCUCCACUUAUUUUAGAAUAUCUGAAGGGUUUGAUUACCCCUGAAGACAGUGAAGAAAAGAAAAUAGGAAAGAAAUGUGCUAGAUGAAAUUCAGUAUGAUAGCAAAAUUUAAAAGAUUUAUUUUUCUUUGUGUAUGUGUAAUUGUUCCUCUAAUGUAAAAAGUAGUCUUUAAAAGAAGAAUGAUUGUUUAAAUUCUCUUAAUUACUAAGGGUAUAUGCCAGUGAUUUCAGUUAUUAUUGCAGUGUACACCAACAAUCAAAAAGAUUUACUUUUCACAUGCUUGCACAUUGAUUUUCUGAUAAUGGGAUAGCUGUUCAAGAAUCAGGAUUUUGAUUCUUUGUGAAGAUUUUUCCAGGUUUAUUUCAGAGGAUCUGAUAUGGAAGUGUUUUAUUAUCAUCACUGAACAUUGAUAUUAAAUGGACUACUAAUCAAAAAAUGUGAGAGAUAAUCUACACUGCUCAAAGUAAAAUGACUUUCCAGUGUGUCAGCUGUCUAGUCAAAGGGUUGUUAUAUGUCUUACAGAAAAGACAAUUAUUUAUGUACAGCCUUUGUUUAUGGGUUAAGGUUAAAUAGCUUAAAGGAAAAUAUAUGAAAAUGUGACAUUGAGACACGCCCUCAUAAGAUUUAUGAAAAUGCAGAAUUUUUAAAUGUUGAGGAUAUAUCUAGUCAAUCAUUAACUGAUGUCUUAACAGCAAUUAUGGCUUCCAGGCUGAAUUAAAGUUUACCUUAAUAAUGCAUGAAUGGUUAUUCAAGAAUAUCUACCUUAAAAGUAUCUUAUUACUGAGAAAAAAAAUUUCAGUCCUAGAAUUAUAUGGUUGUGAUCUUAGACAACUUAAACAUCUUGCUUAUCUUAUAAUAUUUGAUAUUUAUAUCAAAGUGAUAUUGGUUCACAGAAUCCCAUAAUUUAUUUUUCAUAGAUGGGUAUUAUUAUACAUAACCAUCCUAUGAAUGGCUUUUGCACACAAUCCCUCCCAACCUUGAUAUUGUGGACCAAAGAUUGUUAACUAUAACCACUAACAUGUUUCUAUCCUCUAGCAUGUGGUAUUAGAACCAACAUGUUUCCUUCCUGGAGUUUAAAUGUUGUGCCUGUUCUGCCUGUUAUCAGCAACUGCUCAUUGGUCAUGCAUGUUGUAUCUCAUUUUCCUUUUUUUUUCAAUUUGUCUUUCUUUUUUGUCUGUGUACACUUUUAGCUGUGAUAUUCAGCUCAAGGGUGAAGCAAUAGCUGUACUUAAGCUGUUAAGAACCUGACGAUCUCAGCAACCUUCGCUGAAGUUGUUGAAGCAGUGACUAAAGAGUUAUGUAACCAUAUAAAAAUCUUUCAGCUAUUUUCAAUUCUGCUUAUACAAUUGAUUAUUAUGAAAACAGUGAGGUUGAUAUUCAGGUACUUUUUAAACUUUUUCCUUUCUUUCUGUUCAGAAUGAGUAGUAAACAUGGGAUUGUGGAACACCAUAAAUUUUCAUGCAUAUUGUUAUGCAAGAGUUUAUUCUUGAUCAGAAAUCUUGGUUCAAAACCUGAAGCUUAAUAAUGACAAGCAUAUUUUUAAACAAAAUAUAAUGACAACAUAUGUAUUGUAUUCUACCAUCUCUGUAUAUUACUAAACCUAUAGAACUGACACAUUUCUAAUUGAGUUGCCCUUGAAAGUGAUUCCAAUUUAAGUUCUAGUAAUCUUUCUUAUGCAUUGUUUUGAUAUGUAAAUAUGUAUAGGAUAAUAAUUGUGUAUAUAAACAGUGUGUGUGUGUGUGUGUGUGUGUGUGUGUGUGUGUGUGUGUGUGUGUGUGUGUGUGUGUGUGUGUGUGUGUGUGUGUGUGUGUGUGUGUGUGUCUGUGUGUCUGUGUGUCUGUGUGUCUGUGUGUC